CGUGAGUGCAGGAAAUAGCCUGUAGUCUGUAUAAGCAGCCCGACUGGAGAUAGGCGUACACUGUCUUUGCAUAAGCCGACAGGCAGGAAUAAAUGUACACACCACUGAAUCAAAGCGACACUUAAUCUUAAUUACAAUCACAUUUUUUAAACUGUUCAGCCUGAAGAAAACAGAUGAUGUUAAGAUUUUACCUCCAAGUUAGAUGGUGUCGACACGUGCAUCAGUCUAAGAUCCGGGAAACGAGUCAGCUCCCACCUAGCACCCUCGUGACCCCACCCCUGCCGGCUCAACAUGUACUCCACCGAGACUGAACACAAGCGCGAAGGUCCCAGUCUGCCCUCCAGCCCCACCGAAGCAAACCCUCUCCACCCCUCUCCACCGGUUCCUCCUGGACCCCCGAGGUCCCAGCGGCAGUAUGAGCGCAUCGGAGAAUCCACCGGAACCACGUUUAUCCAGACCCUGAUUCACCUGCUGAAGGGGAACAUCGGCACCGGCCUGCUGGGUCUGCCCCUGGCUGUGAAGAACGCCGGCCUGGUGCUGGGUCCAGUCAGUCUGCUGUGUAUGGGCAUCGUAGCGAUCCACUGUAUGAGGCUGCUAGUCAAGUGCUCCAACCGUCUUAGUGAGAGAGUAAACAGACCGUUCCUAAGCUACGGGGAAGCGGUGUUCACUGGGAUGGAGAACGUGUCCUGGCUGAGAAGACUUGCACCAUGGGGGAGAUGGAUGGUAAAUCUGUUCCUCAUCAUAACCCAGUUGGGUUUCUGCUGUGUGUACUUCGUCUUCCUCAGUGACAACAUCAAGCAGGUGGUGGAGGCAGCCAACGCCACCACCUGGGACUGCCAGGUGGACCACGCCAACCAGACGGCGCUGGCGGGGACUAGCUUUGACUCCCGUAUCUACAUGCUCUUCUUCCUGCCCGCCUUCAUCCUCCUCGUCUUCACCCCCAACCUCAAGUACAUGGCGCCCCUCUCUCUGCUGGCCAACCUGGUGAUGUGCUGCAGCCUGGUCUUGAUCUACUACUACUCCCUCACGAACAUCGAACUCCCAAUCAACUUGCCCUUGGUGGGAAAAGCCAAGGACUACCCGCUCUUCUUUGGCAUGGCAAUCUUUGCCUUCGAGGGCAUCGGAGUGGUCCUUCCCCUUGAGAACAAAAUGCAGAAGCCCGAGGGCUUCGGCAGGGUGCUGUACACUGGGAUGGGAGUGGUCACCUUCCUCUACAUCAGUCUGGGCACAGUGGGGUACCUGUGCUUCGGAGACACGAUCGCUGGCAGCAUCACCCUUAACCUCCCCAACUGCUGGAUGUACCAGAUCGUGAAGCUCCUCUACAGCUUUGGGAUCUUCAUCACCUUCGCCCUUCAGUUCUACGUGCCGGCGGAGAUCCUGAUCCCGCCCGUGGUCGACCGCGUCUCCGGCCAUCGUCGGAGGAUCGCCGUGGGCCUGCUCAUGCGGGCUUUGCUCGUUAUAUUUACCUGUUGCCUUGCGGUGCUGAUCCCAGAGCUGGACCUUGUGAUCUCAUUGGUUGGUUCGGUCAGCAGUAGCUUCCUGGCGCUCAUUUUCCCACCGUUACUGGAGAUGCUGACCUUCCAUACGGACGGGCUCUCACCAUUGGUGAUCACAAAGAACGUGAUCAUCAGCGGUGUGGGCCUGAUCGGGUUUGCCACAGGAACCUACAGCGCGAUCAUGGAGCUUAUCAUACGCAACAACCCCCCGCACAGCCAUAACCUCUCCCCCUCCUACAUGCUGCAGUAAACCAUGGCAUGGAAAGGGGUUUGAAAGGGUGGGGACCUUACAAACUCAAGCCAGCCAAUUUUAUUAGCCGGGUCACAACUCAUUUUAUCUGUUGGUUAUUGUGUACAAAACUGCUGGAUUUUUUUUUAAUUGUGGUGGUUUUAUUGCAUAGUUUAUGUUUUUUUUUUUUUUUUUAUCAUUUUAACGCUGUAAAACGACAUGAACUGGUCCCAGGUCCAAUAGUGCAAUGCUUAAAUGGAAAUGUUUCAUGCCAAAUACAUUAGCUAAAUAUAGAUUAUAAAUACAUUUCGAUGCAUUUAUUCUUUAGCAGUAUGAUUUGUUUUUAGUUACCUGACUUUUAAACUUUGUACUGUAACACAUGAGAGUCAAAAUGUGAUGUACCUCAAACAGUUCUAUCAUAACCCCAUAUUGGUCAUGCUAUGAACAUGACUAAUAUGGUAGUUUGAACUUUACAACUCAUAUCAAACUUUCUAUGUUUUGUUAAUACUGCAGACAAUUUUUGACCUUCCCCCCUCGUAUUUUCUUGUUGCACUUUGAAUCAAGUCCGUUUUCUUUUAUGGAGUGUCCUCUAUUCGUACGCAGGACAUCUUGUGUAAAAAACAGAAUCAAACAUGCUAAAGUAAAUUUAGUUUGAUGUUUUUAACUGAACAGUAAAGAAAUUAUCAAAGACUUUAUGUAUCAAGGCCGAUGAACACCAUAACAAAGAUGUAUUUUGUCAAAUUAAUUUGCCUUUGUAUGUUGAAUUGUUAUUUUUUUAACCCAAUUUGAUGGGUUCAUGUUUUUGUUUUAUUUCCAUUUGUUUUAAUGAAUUUUAAAACAUAACAAACCAAAUUUGCUAUCAAUUGUUGGUGUGGGCAUCAUUUGAACAGCAGUUAAUUUGUUUUUUAUCUCUGAUGUUGUGCUGCUGGACAGAAAUCGGAAGCUUACUAGCCUUCAUAGAGAAAGUGCCUCCAGUCAAACAUACACCUAGGUAGUAACUGCCAACGGCACUUAUUAAGGUUAGCCAACAUUUAUUAAGGUUAGAAGUUAGUUAUAAAUGUUUUAUGGUAGGCCUUUACAUUCUGCAUUCUCUGACAGUUUUUAAACCACACAAUACCAUUUAAAUCCAGGCUAAUUGAUGAUUCAGUACGGUAAUAGAAGCUGGAAGGUCAAGGAUGUGGUUUUUGUAUUAAAAGUGGGAACCUCUUUUCAAUGUAGAUCAACUGCUGAGUGCAUUACCAAGGAAGCUCCUCCCAUCCAUACUGGCUUGAACCUUUUGCUUUAAAUUGCAGUUGAAAAUAGUAUAAGUCAUUUUUUAUGUAGACAUAGUUGGUGUUAAUACUAAAUAGUUUAGUGUUCAGUAUAUUUUUGCAAUUUGAAUAGAAUGUAUUUCCUUUUUCUGUCAUGCACAGCAAUGUAGAGCAUAGGGUGAUCGCAUCCUAACGGAGCCUUUCACAUACCAAACCGGAAACAAAAACGGAAGCAAAACAAAGAAAAACUAAUCUUGCCACUAGGCUAAUAUAAGGUGCUAAAUAUAUUAAUAUAAUAUGUUUUUGACGUAAUUGAUAAAACAACAUGAUAUAAAACGAAUUCAUCGUUAAUUAAUUAUGUUAAAUCUUUGUGACAGACUUUAUGGCUUGUAAUCACACUCACACCUGGUGGUAAAAUAGGGUCCCGUUAUUAUCAUCAUGGAAACAAAAUGCUUCAAUUUAUUGGAAUCACAUGGCUGUGGCUCCUGGUUGUGGCGCUCAAACACCCCAUACCUCCACGGUGCUUUUGCCUCCACAUGAUCUGUCUUAAGGGCAGUGGUUUUCCUAUAAAGAAAACAUUUGCAUAUAAAAAAUCAGAUGACAUCUAAAGAAACUCCCUUGAUAAAACCGAAGCUUUUUUAUGUAUUCUCUCUCUCACUUUCUCUCGCAUAUUCAUUCUGACAAUCCCUACGUCCUUAACUUGGGGAAUACAUGCGUUGUUUAAUAGAGGGCAGAUUAUACUGUGCCAUAUAAGUAUUUGAGUUGAUUGAGGUUUUUGAAUCUUUCAAUGAUAUUCAAGUAAAGGCAACCAUUGAUUCAAUUUCAAGAGUAGAACUCAGUAUUAUGAAAUGUUUCUGUAAAAUAUACAAACUAUAAGAUAAUAAGCGAGGCUUCUUGCAUAUGUUUAAGCAAUAUCAACUGAAACUGUUUCUGCGUAGCCUUUUUUUGCUGCAAACACUUCACUGGCUGAAUGGGAUUGUGUUCAAAUAAAGAACCAUUUACGGUAAAUUAUUAUACAUACUUUUGUGGAUGACUUGUGACCAUCACUGUAUUUUCUCCACUAAUUUAUUUUGUACUACAUCGCACGUUCUAAUGUCCUGCACCUGAAGCAGUUAUUUGUUCAAUGUGCCGACACCAUUCGCAAGUUAAUAAACAUACAUCAAUUGCA